UAUUCUUCUAGGGUUGCUUUGCUUGGAACAAAACAGCUACCUGCUCACUCUUGUCGACAAAUAGCUGAGCUUCGUCGUGAUGUGGGCAAUGGUGUUUAUCACAUCAAAAGUGUUGUUACUGGUGAUGCCUUUCCUGUUUUCUGCGAUAUGGCAAAGGGAGGUUACACAAUGGUGUACAAAGCGGUUAGUGGAGUAUCAGGCAAUGUUGCAAAUGUGUGGACUAAAUCUGGAGUGUCAAAUGAGGAACAAGUGGGUGCACUCAACACAAAUAACUUCUUCAAGGGUCACUACAAAAACAGAAUAGUUGAUGAAUGGAGAUUAUAUAGACCCAAAGAGAUUGUUGUUGUAUUGUACAAAGCAGGAGCUGAGGUGCUUAGGAUGGUUUUUGAUGGUCAUCUGUCCAACAAAAAUUCUUGGUUUAGCAAACAACGUCUUGUCUUCUCUCCUUACAUUGAUCUGAAAAGAAGUCCCACUAACUAUUUUGGAAUCCAAGGAGACAUAACUCGUGAAUGGUUUAUCAACAAAAGCUAUGGUGGUUGUGGAAGAGAUGCAGGAUGGCUUGUCUUUUACUCUCCUGGUAUCGUUUGCUCUUGGGAACCAAAAACCAAAUUUCAAAUUAAAUACAGUCGUGCCAAUAGAGUUCAGAACUGGUCAAGAGGUGAUGUGGGGGAAGCAGAUGUCAUGGCUGUCUUUGUUGACUGAUUAAGUGCAAGCUCUGGGCAAGCUGGUUGGAUUCUGUGUUUGUCAUGAUAGUUGUUUGUUGCGUCUGUAGUUAGGCUUUACAGAAGCUCAUCUGCUUAUUAUGGACAUCUAGUAGACAGUAGACCGUUAUUAGUAAAGGUGGUUGUCGCUGGAAGCUGCGCAUGUAGCUAUAGUAUGGCUUUAUCGCUUGUCUGAUUGUGCAAUUAUUGUCAUUGCAAACGUAAAUCAUUAUUCACACUUGUUUUUGUGCA